AUGAGAAAACUGUAUGAACUCGUAUUGGAAUGUGGCCCGAAGUCUUCGCUUCGGGCUGUGCUUCGCAGAUCUCUGUGGUCCAUCACGAUUGAUGCUGUGCUACAGUAUUGCCGCAUCGUGUUCGAUAUCUUUUCACGAGAGAAGCCGAUCUCACUUGUAACCUUUGAUAAUGAAGAGAAAAUUCAUAGUAUUUGGCUGGAUGAGGACCAAAGCAUCGAGGCCUUAUGGACCAGCUUUACUCAUGAAGGCCCUCCGGUUGAAACUCACCUGGACUUGAAAAACUGCUCCAACAUGCCGGGUUUGGGCGCUGCUUGCAGCAUGUUGCAAAUGUUGAAGGCUUCUCAGAAACAGCAGGAGCCAUUGGAAAACGGCGGGCGAGUCAUUGUUAUCAGUUCGUUUAUGGAAGACCAGCUCAGCGCUUGGAUUCCCGGCAUUAAAUCUGCGCUUAACAAACCGGUCGACUCAACUGGAUACUUAGCUGUGACAACCAGUGAAUGGCUUUUUAUUGACAUUGUCGCGGACCAGGUUCCAGGCGAAGAAGCUCGAAAAUUUGCGCCUCUACCUCAACGCAUCGAAGUAAGAGCAGCGCUCAUUCAUCAUUUUCUCUUAGUGGAUUUUACGUCUCUAGACUCUGUCAAAGUCGUUAUGUUUCUGGACCCUUGUAGACGUUUUGCCGUCACGUCAGCAAUUUUACGCAGCAUGGAGCAAAGUUGCAUCACCACACCAAUUUUUUGUGCUAAUGCUCCCCCUGCUUUGUAA